AUGAGCAUCUCACAGGCCGCCCGUGCAGUGCGCCGCGCUUCACGGCCCACGGGGUCGGAAUCGUCGUACACCGCCUGCAUCGUGGUCGGCGCCCUCCAUAGCUCCGCCACCAGGCCCGCUUCCGGCUCAUCAGUCGUCGGCUCUGCCGCCGGCUCCGCGCACGUUGGCUCGCCGUCGCCGAUGGCGACGUAUUCGGCGGCGGUCAUCGCGCCGUGCCCGAGGCCGAGGGAGCUUAUGAGCGUCCCGACGUCGUCGAUAUCUUCAUCGAGCUCGAUGUCGGGAUAG